AGGUCCGAGGAACACCUCGAAGUGACCCUAGACCCGGAAAAGGCCCCUGAGGAGUCCUAGCCAGUUUCAUUUUCAGUUUAGGUAGCAAUCCCUUCGGCUGGGCCUGGUGGGGUGGGGUUAAGUGGGCAGGACUGACUGACGGGCGGGCCGGGCUCUCAAGACCUUCAGAGAAUGUCAGGCUGUGCUCUUUGAUCUGUCGCGCGCCUCUUCCGCGGUUAUGAUCAGGACGCCUAGGAUGGCAUGGAUUACAUCGCCCUGAGCUUCUGGGUUGCAGCAGACACCCCUGCUCAAACCACCUGGCCCAAGUGGGAAGCGGCAGAUGUGGCCAAACGCGCAAGACCCCGUGUGUGGAGUGGCACAACAGAAAAUGUGGGAAGAACAUGCUGCAAUGAGCAGACUCCCCCACAAAGACACAGGUGACUCACCACCCUACCCAUGAAGGAGAUGUCACCCUGAGGUCCUGGGCCCUGGUCUUCUACCCUAAAGAGAUCACCCUGAUCUGGCAGCGGGAUGGGGAGGACAAACUCAGGACAUGGAGCUUGUGGAGACCAGGCCUGCAGGGGAUGAAAAGUUUCAGAAGUGGGCAGCUGUGGUAAAGCCUUCUGGAGAGGAGAACAGAUACAUGUGCCUUGUGCAUCAUGAGCCCCUCACCCUGAGAUGGAGUAAGUAAGGGGAUGAGGGUGCUGGGCUGUUGAGAGCCACAGCCCAAGCGGCCCCAGCAAACUUCCAGCUGAUUGGCUCACCGUGGCCCUAGCAAACUUCCAGCUGCCAGCUGAUAGGCUCCUCUGCGGUGAUGCUCGUUGGUGUAGUUACACCUGAUCAAACUUUUACAUUUUGAGUACCCAAAUAAUCAGCUCAAAAGGUAGAGCUUAAUGCAGUAUUACAAGCUUUUGUGAUGUUUAAAGAUUCUGUAUUUAAUUUAUUUUCCGAUAGUCAGUAUAUAGUUAAUGCUAUAGUAUCCCUUGAAGCUGCUGGUAGGAUUUCCCCUUCCUCUACUGUUUUCUCUUUGUUUUCCACUAUACAAAGUCUAAUCUGGGACAGAAAAGAUCCAUUCUUUAUAAGACAUAUCAGGGCACAUACAGGAUUGCCUGGAGCCCUUAGUUUGGGCAAUGAUUUAGCAGAUAAAACUACACAUGACAUACAUAUUUUCUCUACACUAGAAGAAGCUACAAUUGUGAACAAACAGGACAUUUUAAAAGGAAUUGCCCCAUAGGAGGAGGAUUUAACAAAACUAGGUAUCAAAGGAGUAGAAUACCAGGUAUUUGCCCACGAUGCCAUAGAGGGAGACAUUGGGCUAAUGAAUGCCGCAGUCUGGCUGGGCAUAAUUCAGGAGCCACUUAUCAAGCAGAAACAAACUUUAUUUUUAGAACACACCCUGCACCACAGGAGCUCUUCAGGAAUUCCCUCAGAGCCCAACUGCUACCACCAGCUUACAGCAAGCCUCUCAAACCCCCACUCCUCCUGCUCUUGAGGCUGAUUGGCUGGGUCGCGUGGGCAGAGCCAAGAGUGCCCCAAUGAGCAGCUCCAUGGUCUGAAAGGGCGGGGAAACAGCUCAAUGAGCGUCACCCCAGAGGAGCCAAUCAGCUGGCAGCUGGAAGUUUGCUGGGGCCAAGGUGAGCCAAUCAGCUGGAAGUUUGAUGGGGCCCCUGGCUGUGGCUCUCAAUAUUGGGCCUGUUGUCAGGAAACCAGGAGCUGUUCUGUAGUUUCUCAGCAGGGUCAGGACUGAGAAGUGGGGAUCAGGGCACCACAUCUUCUCUUCCAGUCUCUUACCUUCCUAAAGCCACAUCCUCAGCCCACCAUCUUCAUCAUGGGAAUUGUUGGCCUGGUUUUUCUUGGAGCUAUGGUCAUUGGAGCUGUGGUAACUAUCAAGAUGUGGAAGAAGAGCUCAGGUAGGGAAGUUUAUGGUCUGAGUCCUUGUUCCACUGGGAGGUUAAUGGGAAGUAGAAUCCACACACCCAUGCUUUCCCAGCCUGGAGCCCUAUUUGCUGAUAUUCUGUUAUAAAGCACAUGGAAAAUAAAGGACAGAUUUAUCACCCUGAUGAUGUGGUGAUAGAGGUCAGAGGAGAAGUUCCCUGAUGAGGACAGACUUCCAGGAAGGCAUUUGAUCUUCUCCCUGAAUGUCUCCUUUCUUCAUGUCUUCUGAUCCUUCCCUAGGUCUAUAGUCAUACCUUUGGAAAUUUCUCUGGGGUGGGGUCCAGAAUUAGAAGAUUCCUCUAGUUCUGGCCCUUCCUUCUCACAGGAUGUUUUCUUCUCACAGGUAGAAAAGGAGGGAGCUACUCUAAGGCCACCUGUAAGUAUGGAGAAGGGUGAUCCCUGAGACACUUGGAAGAGUAAAGGGGAGCUAAUGUGGGAGCUCAAGCACCCCAUAAUUCCUCCUGUAGCCACAUCUCCUAUUGACUCUGACCAAGUCCUGUUUUAUCCUACUCCAGACAGGCACAGUGCCCAGCAUUCUGACAAAUCCCUCUCAGCUUGUAAAGGUGAGAUCCUGGAAGGCCUGAAGUGAGGAGUGAGGGACUCAGGAUUUAAACACGUUGAAUGUUGGGGGUGGGAGGAUGUUCAAAGUACUCGCCACUUACAAUGACUAAUCUGAAUUUGUUCAUGAUUAUUUUCUUUAAUAGUGUGAGACAGUCACCUUGUGUGAUUUGUUCAGGUCUCCCCACCAUCUCUACUGGGAGAGAUGGCACCUGGCUUCUCUUUCUCAAUUGACAUCAGACUGUGUCCGUAAGUCUGUGUUCCUAUAAGCAUAGUGUGAAGAAAUGGGGAGACCAGCCCAUUCUUGAACACUGAGACCCCUUUUCACACUGACAUAUGGUCUCUUCCUUAUCAACCUUCCUGUUCCAGCAAAAACAGGGCUGGGAUGUCUCCAUCCCUGUCUUAACUUUAUGCUACACUGAGCUUCAACUUCUUACUUCCCUAUAAAAACAAGAAUCUGGUUAUGGAUUUAUAUUUCAAAUUCUUGCUAACAUAUGUUAUUACUGAGUUAAUAAAUGAAAGGAAGAUUUCUAAAACUUGAAAGAGAAAAUAUAAACUGAAACCUUCCAGAAUCUGUUGUUGCUGUGCUGAGUGUGUUGCAGGUGGGAACAAGAGAAGGCUGUGAAUAGCCAAGUGUGGACAGGGCAGUGACCAGUCUGUGGGCAAUUCAUCCUGUGCUUGGAUGUGGUCACUCCUCAUCUGGGUCAUCUUACCUGCUUUAUAUCUUUGUACAUUUAGAGGAAUCUUGUCCCACCAGAACCUGUGAUCACAAGGACUCAGACAUUGAAAAGGCUUUGUCCUUUCUCCAAGAUCAUGGGCAACAGGAGAAUUCUGAGGCUGUACAAGCCUAGGCUCUGGCCUGAGUCCAAACUUCAGUCCAUAUCCUUUUUAGUUUCUUAAUUCAUUUAUAGAACAUAUCUGUUCUUAUUCUUGUAUAUGAGUUCUGGCCUCAUCCUCCUCUCUGUGUCUCUGUCUCUGACAGCAGCAGGAACUAUUUUCCUGUCAUCGUCACACAAUGCCUAGGCUAGUCCCGGCACACAGGGUUCUCUGUGGUAUCCAGCAAUUAAUUUUCAGACAUGUCCAGCUCUUGUCCUCAUGCUAAGGUUAUUUCUUGGAUUGUAUUUUUAAGCAUUUCUCCAAUAUAUUUGGUACCAAGGAUUGAACCCAGGAGUGCUUAAUCCCUGAGUUACAUCCCUAGCCCUUUUUAUUUUUUAUUUUAAGACAGGGUCUCCCUAAGUUGCUUAGGGCUUUGCUGAGUUACUGAGGCUGCUCUCAAAUUUAUGAUCCUCCCACUUCAGGCUCCCAAGUCGCUUGGAUUACAGGCAUGCACCAUCAAGCCCAGCUUCUCCAAUAUUUUUAAAGGAACCAGAUUUAGAGAAUAGUGGAGAGGAAGGAUCCCAUGAUUUCUAAUAUUAGAUAAAUUCCUGUUAGGUUUUUGUCUCCUCUACUCACUUAUGUCCUCUCCCUGCCCUUAGCUCUAUGAAUCCUAGCUCUGGCUCAAAUUAAUACUCCUGGAUUUAUAUAGUAGAGUCUAAUAUAGAUUUUUAUUUGCUUGGCAAAUAGGAACCAUAAGUCAGGUCAGAGAGUGCAGAACUUCUAAGUCCAAGUGACCAUGACCUGAGUGUGAAAGGACUUUGUGCUGCAGAUGCUACAGAGCAUCAUUUGUCCUGCAUUUACAUUAAUAAAGGUAGUGUCUCUAGCUUUCUCUGGGACAGUCGUGCAGGCAGCGGCUACAAGAAGCUAGACACCAAGCAUCAUGUAUUACAAAUUUAGUGGAUUCACACAGAAAUUAACUGGAGCAUGGGCUCUGGAAGCCUAUAGCCCACAAGGAUUAAGGCCAGUGGUUUCCACAGAAGCACCACCUAUCAUAUUUGCCACACCGACUAAACUGACCUCUAGUCCCACUGGUUAUGAUUAUGCGAAGAAGAACAAGGUUCCAGAGCUACAGAAGUUUUUCCAGAAAUCUGAUGGUGUGCCCAUCCACCUGAAACUAGGCCUUCCUGACCAAAUGCUGUACCAGACCACCAUGGGCCUGACUGUGGGAGGGACCAUCUACUGCCUGAUUGCCCUCUAUAUGGCUUCACAGCCCAAAAAACAAAGAAGUUAGGCUACAGAUGAUUGUUUUUUUGUUUUUGGGGUUUUUUUUUGUUUUGUUUUGUUUUGGCAUAAACCCUUUGAAAUUUCAUUGUUGGGCUGGGGAUGUGGCUCAAGCAGUAGCGCACUCGCCUGGCAUGCGUGCAGCCUGGGUUCGAUCCUCAGCACCACAUACCAACAAAGAUGUUGUGUCCGCCGAUAACUAAAAAAAUAAAAUAAAUAUUAAAAUUC